AUGGCCAUCAUAGAUGCAGUGCGCAAUGGAAAUGCGGGGUACGGGGAUAAGCGACAACCUUUUGGACCGCAAACAUGCCUGCCUCUCUGGACCUCAUUAUGUGUUCCACCUGCGGAAUACAGUAUGAUACCACCUCCGAGUCCUCCUGUAAGAUCUGCGACGAUCCACGCCAAUAUCUCCCUCCAACAGGCAAACCAAUACCACAACGACUUCGCCCCCGAUCCGGAUUACCCAGACUCGCUGAUCACCAUCCACACCAGCCCCAAAGUCGGCAUCGGCCAGCGCGCCUUUCUCUGCCGCACAGCCUACGGCAACGUCCUCUGGGACUGCCUUUCCUACAUCGACGAGGACACAAUUCGCCAGAUCAACGAGCUAGGCGGCCUCGCCGCGAUCGUCAUCUCGCAUCCGCACUUCUUCGGCGCGAAUGUGCACUGGGCGGAGGUGUUCGGAUGUCCUGUUUACAUCGCUGCGGAGGAUGAGGAGUGGGUGAUGCGCAAGUCCGAGAGGCAGGUGUUCUGGGAGGGGAGGGAGUUACGGAUCCCCUUGCCGGGUAAAGGUGAUGGCGAUGCGGACCUAGUUGCUGUGAAGACGGGGGGUCAUUUCCCCGGUAGCUCGGUGCUGUGGUUCAAACCAUUGAGGAAGUUGCUGGUUGCGGAUUCGAUCGCGGUCGUGCCAAGUGGCGUUUAUCAUAAGGAUCGACUGCCGGGUACGGCGUCGUAUACGUUCAUGUGGUCGUAUCCCAAUAUGAUUCCCCUGCCGCCGGAUGCGGUGCUCAAUAUCUGGAAGGCUAUCAAACACACAGAGUUCGAUGAUGCUCACGGUGCCUUUGUCGGUUGGGACACGCAUGGCGACAGCAAGAAGCGGGUUCUGGAGAGUGCGAAGAUCUACGUUCGGGCAAUGGGUUAUCUGGACCACGCCAUACACCAAGAACAGUAG